AUGCACGCCAAACCAGAGGUAGCCGCGCAUCACAAAAUGGUUGAUGACGGAUCGGGAGAAGAGGCGGAGGUCUGGAGAAUUGAGAAUUUGGAACUGGUACCAGUAGAGAAGCAAUGGUUGGGACAUUUCUACGGCGGAGACUGUUACCUCAUUCUGUACAAGUACCUCGUCAAUAUCAAGUACCACUACAUCCUCUACAUGUGGCAGGGGGCGCCACGCAGUCAAGAUGAAAUUGCCGCAUCAGCCUAUCAGGCGGUGGCCCUGGACCAGCAAUAUGGAGGGGAGCCCGUACAAGUCCGUGUAUCUAUGGGCAAAGAACCCCCGCACCUUAUGGCUAUAUUUAAAGGGAAGAUGGUGGUGUACGAGGGUGGCACCUUUUCCCGUGCAGACAGCAAUGAGACUCCCGCUGAGAUCAGGCUGUUUCAUGUACAUGGAACCAAUGAGUACAACACCAAGGCUUUUGAAGUGCCAGUGCGGGCCUCAUCCCUCAACUCUAAUGAUGUGUUUGUGCUGAGGACAAAGGGAGCCUGUUAUAUCUGGUGCGGAAAGGGCUGCAGUGGUGAUGAGAGAGCCAUGGCCAAGAACGUUGCUGACCUGAUCUCCAGGGGUGAGAAGGUGGUUGUGGCUGAAGGCCAGGAACCAUCUGAGUUCUGGUUGGCUCUGGGAGGCAAAUCUCAGUAUGCUAACAACAAGAGAUUGCAGGAAGAAACCCUCGACAUUCAACCUCGCCUCUUUGAAUGCUCCAACAAGACGGGGAACUUUAUUGCAGAUGAAAUUGCACAUUUUAGCCAAGAUGAUUUGUUUGAAGAUGAUGUCUUCUUAUUGGAUGCCUGGGAUCAGGUCUUCUUGUGGAUCGGAAAAGCUGCAAAUGAUGCAGAGAAGGCACAAGCUGCGGUAACGGCUCAGGACUACCUGAGGACCCACCCUGGAGGGCGUGACCUCAGCACCCCCAUCGUCAUCGUGAAGCAAGGGUUUGAACCCCCCACCUUCACUGGCUGGUUCCAUGCCUGGGAUCCAUUUAAGUGGGAGGUACGUAAUUCACACCUACAGAGCCAUACCUACUAA